AAGAUGCAGUCCUGGUGCAUGGGCGUAACAGGACAUCCGUACGACACCUGGAUGUCGGACUCAGGGGUCUUUUGGCCCUCUGAUCUGUUGCCACAAGCUCUCGAGGGCGCUACGAUCCUAGGAUAUGGAUUUAACACGGAGGUAGCUGGGGGAGCAGAUGGGCCGAAUUUUUUGAAUGUCCAGGCAGAUAUGCUGGUGGCAUGUCUAGGGUCGCAUCGUAACAUAAACCACUGUGCCCGACGCCCGCUUGUAUUCAUAUGUCACCUAGUGGGUGACUUGAUUGUUAAGCGCAUGCUAAUUCAGUGUGAUUCAACCAAGCAUCCACACCUGGCGCAUCGGCGUGCGAUAAGCAUCUCAACAUAUGGGCUGCUAUUUCUAGGAACGCCACAUACGGCAAUCGAUAUGGAGUGUUUCGACAUUCCAGAUACCUUCGAUGCUAAUAGCGUGGACAAUAUCAACUCCCUUUUCUGCGAGAUGAUGGCAUCUUACCGAAUUUACUUUUUUUUGGGAGACCAAAGCCCUGGAGACGAAUGACCGGUGACUCUUGGUGAGCGCAGCUUCGGCUGCUCCUUAUGUGGACGGAACGGAGAGGUUGGGCUUGGAUGGGGAUCACUGAAAUUAUGAGGGAUCUGCACGAGAUAGGACACGCUGCGGCCAUCAAUCUGAUCAAUAUAUUGG